CAUUGUUUCUCAUGGUGUUUAUCUAUAUGGUUAAAUGAAUGUAUUCCAUCAUUAUUAAAAUUUACUCAAAUCCUAAUUCAAUUAUGGCAAUUCUAUGCUCAUCUACUUAUUGUUCAUUUAAAAAAUGAAUUAAAUUUUAAUUUACUGAAUAUAAAACAAGUAGUAUAUGAUGAAAUUUUAAAAAAAGAUGAAUUGAUUAAUUCAUUAAUUGAUUUAUUAAGACAAAGUUCAACAGAACAAAUAAUUAAUGAAAAAUUACAAGAAGUAAUUAAUUUAUUCAAUGAAAUUAGUGUAAAAACAAAGAACAACUAAUUGAAGUG